AAAGUUACCAACACAGUUGUUUGUUUGUUGUUUUCUAUUUAGGUUCUUUCUAAAUUAACAAUUAACCUGAAAGUAAAUUAUUUCAGAACUUUAAAUAUUUGUUUGUACGUAUAGUGACAGAAUUGUAAGUAUGAAGCCCUCAAUAGACAUAGACUCUCUCCGAUCAGAGCACGAAUCCGACGAACAAUGGGAAGUGAGAAGAAUGUUCAUGGUGGAACACAAAGACAACUUUGAGGAGGAGGAGUUGGUAACAUUGGCGCAAUUGUUCACUAAUAUUGAGUUUCUGGGUUGCCGAUACCCACAAGCAACAAUGAGAAGAAUAGCUAAAUUAGCAGAAAAGGUGUCCGCUAAGUAUAAGGAAAGUCGGAAGAAUAAACUAAAGAGAACUUUUGUACAAGCCAGCGAUGCUGCGGAACAAAAAGCCAAGAGGAGUUUUAAAUGAAU